AGGAAUUGAUCUUGGAGAUGAUUGUGAUGAUGUAAAUAUCGCUCAGAAUAUAAAUCCAAAUAUCGGUGAAUUUUUUUGGGUGUGUUAUAUGAAAUCAAAUAGUCAAUUAGUAUGGAGAAGAUUUGGCACUCCUGACUCUAGUGGAACUAUGAAUACGUUAGGGGUUGGAAGGAUAAAUGGAAUAACAAAGUUUAGUCCAAAUUAUACUUCAAUAUUUCCGUUAGAAGAUGGAGGUUAUGGAAUAGUAACUGCUCAAUAUAAUACAACAAAUUUAACAACACAAGGUACUGCAUAUACACCACCGUGGACGGUGUUUGUAUAUUUUAUCUCAGAUAGCGGCACAAAAGGUCCUUUUCAAUUAUAUGAACAGACAACACAAUCAUUAAAUCAAUUAAAAAUAUUUAGAUGCUCUAUAUCAUUUCAAUCUUCGGGUUAUAAUUGUAUAAUAUAUCAAGUUCUUGUUGGUGCAACUGAACCUAGUUUCAUAACUAUUGAUUUUUUUAGAACUGGUGCUAGAAAAAUUAGUCAAGAAUUUACUAUUACUGGAUUAGAAACUUAUCAAUAUGUUGUUUGGGAUAUUUUAAAUUUAUAUCAAGGAGGUUAUUGUGUUUUAAGACAGAACAUUAAUACCACUGUAAUUGAUGGUUUACUUUAUGAUGACGUUGGUAAUCCUAAUGGAACUUGGAGAAUGCCAUCAACUUAUAAUUAUACUAGAAAUAUUGGUGUAUAUCCUAAUAAUACUUUAUGGGCUGUAGUUAAUGGUCCUAAUAAUCUCACUUGGACCUUUGUAACUUCUUCAGUUUUAGUUGAUUUUAGAACCGUUCCGGAUCCUGGUGGUUUCAAUAAUGCUUCCAUCAGCGCAGUUUCUCCUGGAAAUUCUUCAAUAAUUCCCUUGUCAAGCACUCCAUCUCUAACGAUAACAUUCACCACAAAUAUAAUUUUAUCAUCAGGAAAUGUAUCAAUAUAUCAAUCAAAUGGCUCAUCUCCAAUACUUCGACAAACUUUUCAAGGAACUGACAGGAGAUAUGUUAGACUGUUAAAUGGAAAUGGUAGUAAUCAAGUACAAUUCGACGUGUUGACCAGUACAUUUAAUCAACGAUCGUCGGAUUAUUUUAUCCAGGUUGAUAAUGCAUUUGUCCAAGACAUUCAAAAUAGUCAACCACUUUUGGGCAUUAGACCUUCAAUUUGGACUGUUAAAACUGUUAUUUUCGUGGCGCAGAGAUCUAAUCAAUUUAAUUUAUUAUUAGAUAGCAAUGAUCAAUUUAUCGAUCCUGCUAAGGAAAGUGCUAUAGUUCGUUUAACGCCGGAAGGUUCAAAAUAUUUUAGAGAACUUUCUGAUUCGAAUCGUAGUCAAUUCGCUGCUGAAAUGUCCGAAGAUCUAUCGACUGUAAUUCCAUGUGAUAAAGAUCGUAUUCAAACCACAAGUAAUUAUCAACUUGACAAUUCUAGACAGGUAUUAAUAAGAAUUGAUGUCAGAAACUACGACGCUAAUUCAUCAAAGGAAAGAGUUCCAAUAAAAGUUUUAGAAGAUUUGGAUAAUUUGAUUAGAAAUAGAGGAGUUACUGGAGUGUCUCAUGAAUUCGGCACUUCUUUAUUGGAUUCUUCGUAUGGAAGCCAGUUUACUC